AUUCCUUGCCCCACUGCCUGUUUGGCGGGUAAAUGCAAUAGUUCGUCUGGAUAUUGCCAAUAUGGUUGCCAAGACGGCUACUGGGAUGGGAAGUGCGACCGGAAAUGCAAUGCCAAUUGCUCCUCUUGUGAUCAGAAUACCGGGGCAUGUUUGCGAUGCACAUUUUCUAGAUAUUAUGGUGGUAACUGUGAUAUGCCCUGCAAUAACAACUGUGUCAAUAUGUCUUGUCAUAUGAAUGGAACAUGUACACGUGGAUGUAUUGUCAACUUUUAUGGCUCAGCUUGUGAAACGCCGUGUUCAGAACACUGUGCUCGUGUUGCUAAUGACUAUGCAUGUUCAUCCGAAACAGGAAUAUGUCUAUUUGGCUGCGUUGAAGGAUUCACUGGAGGCACGUGUAUGCAAGCGCUCCAGCAAGACAAUGGCGGUAGAACUGUACUUUUAGCAGCAAUCGGAGCUGGCGUAUCCGCCCUUGUGAUUGUUGUUUUUGCUGUGGCGAUAGGAGUGUUUGUCUGCAUUCGUAGACGGGGCCCGAAACCAAAAUCUAAAAGUGUUAUCGAGGCAACAAAGGAUGACGCCGACUUGUGUGCGCCCGUCUAUUCUACUGUAGCACACAAAGCGCUAGAAACUACGGAAUCUUUGUAUGAGAACACCUCUUCUGUGAAAGUCAAUAUCGCAAUGGGACAAAUUCAAAAUGCAGUAUAUACGAACAGUUCUGUGGAAAAGAAUGCUUCACGAGAGGAAAUGACGUCACCGAUAGAGGACACGCUUGAGAUAGAUGAAUGGGACAGUAUCGCCCGCCAAAAUGCUAUCAGAUUUGAAGAGAACGGAGGGGUAUACUACAACAAUGACGAUAAAGUGGAGAAUCUGAAAAUACCAGUUGCAAAACUGCAAGAGUUUGUGAUGUCCAAGAACAUGGAGUACUUCAAAACAGAGUUUGAGAAACUUCCGUAUGGGCUCAUAAAAGACUACAUGGUGUCCCAGAUGAAGGCGAACAUCGGAAAGAACAGAUAUAAAGACAUUUAUCCGUAUGACGACCAUAGGGUCAAGGUCGUUGGUUGGGAUACAGAUUACAUAAACGCCAGUUUCAUUGACGGUUACAAGCGGAGAAAACAAUACAUCGCCACUUUAGGUCCGAUGUCCAAGCAGCUUGGCAACUUUGGUUUAUUUUGGUCAAUGGCGUGGCAACAUAAAGUGGAGAAAAUCGUCAUGCUGACAAAUCUUGUGGAAGAAGGGAAUAAUAAGUGUGAACAGUAUUGGCCCAGUGUUGAUGCUACGAAAAUGUACGGCGACAUUCUAGUAUUAUGCCAAAGUGAAGACGAUAAUGCAGAAUUUACUAGACGAACAUUCACGGUCGUAAAGGACAAGGUAACACGAACCAUGACCCAAUUACAUUUCACAUCGUGGCCUGAUAAGGACGUUCCUGAGAACAUAACGUCGAUCAUCGAGUUCAGACAGAAUGUCAUUCAAGCUUCAGCAACUCUUGGUGGUCCCAUCAUCGUUCAUUGCAGUGCUGGCGUGGGAAGGACAGGUACCUACAUUGCAAUAGAUAUUCUCACGAAGGAAGGGGAGGCUGAGGGUGCUGUAGAUAUACCUGGAUGUGUGCUGAACAUGCGACAAAACAGACCAAACAUGGUUCAAACUGUGGGUCAAUAUGAGUAUCUCCACCAUGCAGUUGUUCACUCGCUCAUUUUCAACUGCAAACCUGUAGCCGACUCAAACUUCCAGUCGUACAUGGACACCACAUCACAGGAUCAGAUCAUGAAAAUGUUUCACCAAUUGCAAGAGACAACAUCUCGCGUAUCACCGGAUGAAGCGAUUGCCAUUGAAAGAAACGCACAGUACAUUGACAAAAACAGAGAAGCGUCAGAUAUCCCAGGCGAUGAACAUCGACCACGGCUUUUCCUGAACCAGAAACCAGGAUCCACAGACUAUGUCAAUGCUGUAUUUGUUAACAGUUUCCAGACUAAAGAUAAGUACCUCCUUGCUCAAUCCCCUCUGCCAAACACUGUCUCCGAUUUCCUCGCAUUGAUUGUCCAGGCGGACUGCUCGUGCGUUGUCAGUUUUGAACCCACAUCCAUCCCUGCUAAGGGCAUCGGCGUUUACUUACCCGUGGAAAACCAGAUAUUAAACAAGGGGAUCUUUAGCGUCCGUUGCUCGAAGCCAGAAGCCAAUUCGUACCGUAUUAAACGGACAUUGUCUAUUUCACAGCAUGGAAAUGAGGCGGGAGACGUGGUAUUUUCUAUUACUCAUUUGGAGUUUACUGACUGGGACCCGGAACACUGUGUGCCAAGGUCCACUCUCCACUUCCGUCGAUUAAUUGACGAAGUGGACGAUGCGACGGCCAAUAUGGACGCGCACAGACCCAUACUCAUUCACUGCCUUGACGGUGCAAGUAAAUGCGGUUUAUUCUGCGUCGUUGCAAAUCUCCUACAGAAGAUGAAGGCCGAUCAUGAAGUCAGCGUAGAGAACGAUGUGAGGAAGAUCAAGACAAGAAGAAAGGGCGCGAUUCCGAACUUGGAGCAGUUUCAAUUCUGCCACAGCUGUGUCCUGGACUAUAUACAGAGCUUCGACAUCUACUACAACACUUCUGCUGAUGGCUCUGAUGUGUGAUUAUCGGUAUAUACUCUCUGACAGGACUGUUACUGAGAAUAAAUACUUUAAAUAAAUUCAAAGUUCGACAGCUACUCCAACUUCGGUGCUGAUCUCUCAGAUUGCUGGCUACACACUGUCUGACGCAACUGUGUCUUGGACUACAUGUAUUUUUAUAGCUUCAAAAUGUACGCCUAAUCCGCAACUGUUAUAUGCUAUCACUGACGACGGACCUGAUUAGAACAAUAGAGGUAUUGGUUCUAUACUAUUAACGAUCUCGAAUUGAGCAUCUGGCUUUCAAUCAAAUUUUAAAAUUAAUUUGUAUAAAAACAGUUCUAUCAACUCGUCAAGAUGUUCACUGAUAUAUUAGAGCGUCAUACUGAAAUUGUUUAGAGUAUUGUUGCUACACUAUUCGCACGGCGACUGUUGAAAGCAUAAUCAUAUCACAACCAUGACGAUAUAUAGCUAUUAUCUUACUUCAAUAACGUCUGCACGUUUUGUAAAUAGUAUACAUUGUUGGACGCUUUGAUACGUUCGUAACGGUAAUUGUGUAGGCCCUGUUAAUACUAGUAUUUGAUAGUAUAUCGAAAGCAAUAAUGCAGUGCCUAAUAUUUGAAAACACAAAUUUAAGAGUUAUAUUACCUAACAUUGCUUCUUAAAAUGUUUACAUGAUGAUCUUUCAUAAUAAAAAUCCCAUGUCAACUUGUCACCUAGGUGCUAAGGUUUAGUUUUUCUGCUGUUUAAUUUAACAUUUAUUUAUUUGUUUUAUUUAUUUAUUAUGUGUUACUAUAAUGAAUACCCAAUUGUAUGUAGACGGACAAUUAAUAUAUAAUACUGAAAAUAACAGAUUAAUUUCUACCCAUAAUCGUUAUACUAAUGUUUGUUUGAUCCUGAUAAGACUAAAACGUGUACGAGUAUUGUAUUUGUUUCAAUUUAGGUACACAUGUAUAUACAUGCCACUUAAUUCAUUAUUCACAUGUAAUCUAGAGUUUCUAUAUUGAUUCUCUGCUUCGUAUUAAGUAAAAUGUAUUAGUAUCCUCGUACAGUCUGUUUUGCUAGCACGAUCAGUACAGUAACAAUAUUAAUUAAAUAAGCAAUACCAAACCAAAACAGUAUAUUCAUAUUCAUAAUCUUUACAAUUAUAUUGGUUGAAACCUUUACGAACACAAAUUGUACACAUGUUUUUUUAUUACAAUAACUAUUAGUUUAUGACAUAUUAUUAAUAUCUGCAAACAAAGAAAUAACGUGUGCUCAGUGAAAUGUAUUGUAUCGCGUCUGUAUUAGUCUAUUAUUAAUGAAUGUCCGCAUGUACAACAUUUUACUAAACAACUUAUAUAGAAAUAUAUAUUUUAUUACGUAAUUAUGUGUAGUAAACAUGAAACUCAAACGGUACAUUCGAUGUAAAUGAUUUUUUACUUAGUGUUUAACUGUCCAAUCCAUCCUCUGUAAUACAAGCGUGUAAUAUGAAAACUGCUUACCUCCUUCAUUUUCGUUCUUUUAUGUUCUUACGGUCAAACAACGCACUCUCUGCACGUUCAACACAUCUGAAUAUGCAAUUUUAAUGUCAAUGGCUUAUCAGCGAUCAGCAGGUGUAAAAAUAGUUAAAUAACCAAUUUGAUAUUACCCUUCCCCUAUAUACUCAUUUUUCAACGCAAAAAGAUUAUCAGCAGAUACAAUUGUAUGACAAAUUUCUUUAAAUCACGCCACUUGUAACUGCACUGUGCGUUCACAAGGACUAGGAUCGUCGAACAGAUUGAGAAAUAGCAGAUAUUAAUAAAGAUGCUAAGCCUUACACAUUGUUGCAACCGAUAAAAGGCCGAAUUCGAGAUGAUAAAAUUCAAUGUGCAGGCAAACGGGGAAAAAUUAAAUGAAUCAAAGAAAAAAAAGAAUAUAAAAUCACUGAACUAGAAUAAUGAAUUACUUAAUAAUUAUUUUUUAUUUUAUUUUUUUCACUUCUUUUGUGUAUAUAUAUGUUUAGUUUAGAUAAUUGUAAUAUUAUAACAUUCUCUCUAAACUUUACAUUUUUUCUCUUAACCAUUUGGCGUGUAAAACGGUGAAUGACACCUUUUGUUAAUACUUUUUCCCAAAUGUUUGUGUCGUCAGAUUUAGUCUAUUUAUUUACUUACUGAAUUGUUAAUAUUACACUCACUUUAUGCACUUUGAAUAUCCCUAUUUACCGAAUCGGAAAUUCUAGGAAGGGUCGUCAUCUAAUGUUGUUAAAACUUGUGACCCAACCCUUUUGCUUUUUUCUAUACAUUCGAUAACAUCAAUUUGAAGUAUAUAUACUCUAUGCACUAUUAACCAUAUGUAUAUUUGUACGAAUGCAUGUACGAAAGAAAAUGCAAUAAAAGAUUAUUAAAGUUUAA